AUGGCGAGACUUUGUACUCUAAGGUCAUGGAGCAAGUUUCACCAGAGAGAUAUAUGGCAAUGGUGCCAUGAGCUACUUGGUGAUGUUCCAACCGGACAUGUUGGGACAACAAAGUACAACAUAAAGUUAAAGUGGAUCAAAACUCGUCUUCAACAGAUGCCGCUUGACGUACCAGAUGAUGUCUUGAUUCAGUAUGCCCGUUGUUACAUUUUGUAUUUGUUGGAGGGGGCGUGCUACUGCCGGACAAGGCCAACAACACAGUCCACGUUUGUUACCUACCUUUGUAAGGCGAUUUUGAUGCCAUCAGCACUUAUAGUUGGGGUAGCGCAUGUCUUUGUUGGUUAUAUCGAGUCAUGUGCCUGGCAACAGAUUACACCGUCGAAGAUUUAUUACGGCCUAUCAUUCUGGGCACUAGAUGUGGCGACGCCGCAUAGUUUUCCAUUAGCAACAAGGUGGGCGGGGAAGAAGGAAUACAAUGACUACGCUGAGCAACGCCUACUUAGGCACCGCCUGAGGUUGGACAAUCUGCAAGUGGAUGAGUUUAAUUGGUUGCCAUACAUAGAUCCUCGUAUUCUGUUGAGAGUGCCUGCUGAAUUUCUCGGCCAUUCUCAUGGAAACUUUUACACCUUAGUUAUACCUCUAAUAUUAUUCUGGUGGAUUGAGUUCCUCAAUAUCGACAAAGUGUUGCAUCAAUUUGGGGGAAAACAAGGACCGCGCCAACCCUCCCUUGAAUAUCGAUACAUUCCAUCGACAGUCGGCCCGAAACGACGAUGGGUGGUGGCCCGUCCGCAUACCACCAAGUUAUGA